CUCCUCUUUUUUUUUUUCUUCAAUAACAUUCUCUUAUUAUUUUUAUUACCGACUAAUACAACUAAUAAUAAUAAUAAUAGUACAAUCGAUCUAUACAAUAUUUGCAUGCUAUAACAACAACAACAAUAAUAAUAACAAUCUACUUAAUGUCUUUCACUUCAGUACUGCCAUUAGAUCCCCACCAUUUCGGACUAUUCAACAAUAAUGGUACCGUUUAUGAUUUUAGUCAGCAAGACAAUAAAGAUGCUUAUGGCAAGGAAUUCUGGAUCGGCAUUGGUGUCUCCUUUUGUACUAAUCUUAUUCAAGCAUUUGCUAUGGCCUUUCAACGAAAAUCACAUAUAUUAAAUGAUCAACUUUAUCCGGUCGAGUUACGGAAACCUUCUCUUAGACGACCUAUGUGGGUAGCUGGGUUUGCAACUUACUUGGCAGCCAAUAUCAUUGGUUCGGUGUUUUCCAUUGGCUACUUACCUAUCGUUAUCUUGGCUCCCAUUGGUGCUAUGGGUCUUGUCUUCAAUGCUUUGGCUGCUAGGAUAGUUUUAGGUGAUCCUUUCUCAAAAAGAAGUAUCGCAGGUACUCUACUUAUCGUUAUUGGUGCUUUACUUGUUGGACUCUUUGGUGUGAUUCCUGAACCUGAUCAUGACAUUGACGAUCUGAUUCGUUUAUACAAACGACCUGCGUUUAUUGCUUAUUUCAGUGUAUUAGAAACAUUUAUUGUCACUACAAUUCUCCUCAGUCAUUAUGCAGAAUCUAUCUAUUAUCGAAUUGAAAGGUCAGGUUUUCAACAUGGUGGCAAGUGGUUAGGUCAAUGGAUCAGUCCUGCUGAUUUCAAGAUGUGUAUUGGUAUCAGUUUUGGUGUCAUUGCUGGUAACAUUAGUAGUCAAAGUAUGUUAUUUGCUAAGAGUGGGAUUGAACUUAUUAUACUGACAGUGGUGUUCAAGCUUAAUCAACUUCAAUAUGCCCUUACUUGGAUUCUUUUGAUUAUGAUGGUAGUUACAGCUAUUCUUCAGCUCUAUUAUCUUAACAAAGGUCUUCGAUUAUGUGAUACAGUGAUUUUGAUUCCUCUUUCUUCUUGUGCCUUCAAUGUCUCCUGCCUCUUUAAUGGUCUUGUCUAUUACAAUCAAUGGAGUCGACUCUUUUGGUGGCAACUGCUCUUGGUCAUGCUUGGUGUAACCAUCACUAUCUCCGGUGUUCUUUUAUUAUCAUGGCGAUCAAACAGUUGGGGUCAUCAUGGUCCUCAAGUUCAAGAGGAUACUGUAGUUCAACAAGAAUAUCAACAUUCAUCAUCUUCAAAUCCUUAUUAUACUACCAUUCCUAGUGAUGAUGAUGAUGAUGAUGAAGAAGAACAUGAUUUUUGUAGCUCAAGUGUCCAAUCUGAAUUACGCCCCACUACUCCUCCUACUUCUUCAAGUCCUACCGAAAAAACUCACCUUUUACGCAAGAAAUAACCUCAUCCUCUUCAUUUUGUAAUUAUAUUCCUACUUUUUGUUUGUAUAUUUUUUUUCCCCAUUUCACCUCUUAUUAUGAUAGACAAUUACUUUAUUAUUACUUAUAUUUCCUCUUUUUCUCUCCCUCAUUCAUUGACCUACAAAUAAAUUUUCAUUUUUGCUUA